AUGGGUUCUGCAUCACACUCUGUGUCAGGCCGCCAGAACGGUGACUUGCACCUGAAUUACGUCGAAGAUCGCAACACUGCAUCUCAGCAAACUGUGUACACAGCCAGCAAUGGAGCGCCAAUUCACCACCCCUUUGAAACUCAGCGGGCUGGAGAGAAUGGCCCUCUGCUGCUCCAAGACUUCCACCUGAUCGAUCUUCUCUCACACUUUGACCGAGAGAGAAUCCCCGAGAGAGUUGUCCACGCAAAGGGUGGUGGUGCCCACGGCUUCUACAGGACCACCAAUCCCCUCGAUGAUCUCUGCCUCGCAGAUAUCUUUUCUGCUGAAGGCAAAGAGUGUCCUAUCACCAUUCGAUUCUCAACGGUCGGCGGCGAAAGCGGUUCUCACGACCAUGCUCGCGACCCUCGAGGUUUCUCUAUCAAGUUUCGCACGGAGGAGGGCAACUGGGAUCUUGUCCAAAACAAUACCCCAGUAUUUUUCAUCCGAGAUCCCGCCAAGUUCCCUCACUUGAUUCAUACACAGAAGCGUCAUCCCGCAAGUCAUCUCGGUAGCGGUGAUGACUCUACCAACUUUUGGGAAUACUUCUGCCAGAACCCUGAAUCUGUCCACCAAGUCAUGUACACAUUUGGUGAUCGCGGUAUUCCCGAUAGUUGGCGUCGUAUGCAUGGAUACAGCGGUCACACCUUCAAGUUCGUCAACAAGGAAGGUUCAUGGGUAUACUGCCAGAUCCAUAUUCGCUCGAAGCAGGGCACUGGAUUCUUGACUCAGGAGGAAUCGACAAGAUAUUCUCCAGAUGCCAACCAGAAGGAUCUCUAUCAGGCCAUCGAGCGCGGCGAAUAUCCUCAGUGGGAUUUGUGUGUGCAGACCAUGACCCCGAAGCAGGCUGAGGAGCUGUGGGAGACCCAGAAGAUUAAUGUCUUUGAUCUUACUCACUGCUGGCCCCAAGGCCAAUUCCCUCUCCGCAAAGUUGGAGAGCUCUGUUUGAAUGAGAAUGUGAAGAAUUACUUUGCCGAGAUUGAGCAAGUUGCCUUUAGCCCAUCUCAUCUCGUUCCUGGAAUUGAGCCCUCCGCCGACCCUGUCCUUCAGAGUCGCUUGUUCUCGUAUCCCGACACUCAUCGCCAUCGUCUUGGCGCAAACUACCAACAGCUUCCUGUCAAUGCACCACGCACAGGUUAUCGCAUGGCCAACUUCCAGCGAGAUGGCGCCAUGGCUUUCUAUAACCAGGGUUCAAGGCCAAAUUAUUUCUCAUCUAUCGAACCCAUUUCUUUCAAAGAGCGCAAAACGAAUCUGGAUCAGACUCAUGGUGCUUUCGUUGGUAGAGCUAUUACUUUCCUAUCCGAGAUCAGACCAGAAGAUUUCAACCAACCUCGCGUCCUCUGGGAAAAAGUCUUUGAUGAUGCCGCCAAGGAGCGAUUCAUUAGCAAUGUGGCCGGCCACAUGAGCACUUGCACUGAAAAGGAAAUCAUUAGACGCCAGAUUGGUAUCUUCCGCGAAGUAUCGGAUGAUUUAGCCACCAGAUUGGAAAAGGCUACAGGGGUCAAGGGAUACCCGGGUAUCAGUGGGCUUGUUUUCAACGGUUGUCACAACGGAUUGGCAAAGGAUAGUGCUCUUCGAGCGGCGAACGGCCAAAAGAGCCCUCACUUUAACAGCAGUAACGGAGCGCCCUCGGCUGGAACGCACAAUUAA